CCGGCUACUACUGGGGGUAGGGUCAGCGGUGACCCGGGAGGGAGCUGUAGCUGGAUUCCGGCACAGGGGCUGGUUCCUUGAAUGAAUGACCGUCUUGGAGAAUGAUUAUCUGUACUUCUUUCCGCAAGCCAGCCCAGCCAGAAAACUAAAGGAUCUGCAGGCCAGUGCCCAUAGGACCCUCACUGCCUUCCCCAACCUUUCUCAGAAGUUCUGAGGCAGGAGGCACCCUGUUCUACCUCAUGUUUGGGGCAUCUUACUAGCUAUGGCCCCCACGCUUGGCUUCUUCCUGCUGCUGGGACUCUGUGGGAACUCUGUGUCAGAAGAGCAGCCUUCAACCACAGAGACUCCUGGAGCAUUGAAUUAUGAGUUGCCUCCCAUGCAGUAUGAAACCCAAGACUCCUAUAAAACCGGACCUGUUGGCAUUCUUUAUCGAAUGGUGCACCUCUUCCUCUAUGUGGUACAGCCACAUGCUUUCCCUGAAGAAAUUUUCACAAAAAUCAUACAGAAGAAGAUUGAGCCCUCAAUUGAUUAUGAAAAGGUUGUCUACUAUGAAAUGGGGAUUAUUAUAUGUGCUUUUCUGGGCCUGCUCUUUGUCAUUUUUAUGCCUCUGGUGGGGUAUUUCUUUUGCAUGUGUCGUUGUUGUAACAAAUGUGGUGGAGAAAUGCACCAGCGGCAGAAGGAGAAUGGACCCUCCCUGAGGAAAUGCUUUGCAGGCUCCCUUCUGGUGAUUUGUAUGAUUAUAAGCAUUGGCAUCGUCUUCGGUUUUAUGGCAAACCACCAGGUCAGGACCCGGAGCAAGAGGACUUGGAGACUGGCAGACAGCAAUUUGAAAGAUUUGAGAACGCUCCUGAAUGGAACACCAGAGCAAAUUCACUAUAUACUGGCCCAGUACAACACCACCAAGGACAAGGCCAUCUCAGAUCUGAACAGUAUUAAUUCAUUGCUAGGAGGCAGAAUUCAUGAACGACUCAAACCUGAAGUGAUCCCUGUUCUUGAUGAGAUUAAAGCCAUAGUGACAGCGAUCAAAGAGACCAAAGAGGCCCUGGAGAACAUGAAGGGCAGCCUGGACACUCUGAGCAGUGGAAGCACCCAGCUGAACUACAGCCUGACUGAUGUGAAAAACAGCAUUCAGAGGUCACUUGGCGACCCUCUGUGCUUGGUACAUCCAGUGAGUGAGACCUGCAACAGCAUUAGAAAGUCUCUUAGCCAGCUGGAUAGCAACCUCGACUUGACUCAGCUCCCACCUGUGGAUGCAGAACUUGACAGUGUUAAUAGAGUUCUUAAAACUGAUUUGGAAGCCCUGGUACAAAAGGGCUAUAAAUCCUUUAAUGAUAUACCUGAGAGGGUACAAAACCAAACCGUGAGCAUCGUAGCAGAUGUCAAAAAGGCCUUGGAUUCCAUUGGGUCAGACAUCGACAAUGUAACCAAGCACAUUCCUAUCCAGGAUACACUGUCAUAUUUCACUGGUUAUCUUAAUGACACAGAAAGUUACAUCCACCACAAUUUACCCAAAAUAGAAGAAUAUGAUUCAUACUGGUGGCUGGUUGGCCUGGCGACCUGCUUUUUGCUGACUCUCACUGUGGUUUUUUACUACCUGGGCUUACUGUGUGGCGUAUUCGGCUAUGACAGGCAUGCCACCCCAACCAGCAGAGGCUGUGUCUCAAACACAGGCGGCGUCUUCCUCAUGGUUGGUGUUGGAUUAAGUUUCCUCUUUUGCUGGAUAUUCAUGAUCAUCGUGGUUCUUACUUUUUUCAUUGGUACAAAUAUGGAAAAAUUGAUCUGCGAACCUUAUGCAAACAGGAAGUUAUUCCGGGUUUUGGAUACACCUUAUUUACUAAAUGAAGACUGGGAAUACUAUCUCUCUGGCAUGAUACUUAAAAAACCAGAUAUUAAGCUCACUUUUGAACAAGUUUACAGUGACUGCAGAAAAAAUAGAGGCAUUUAUGCCACACUUCAGCUAGAGAACCACUUCAACAUCAGUGAGCAUCUCAACAUUAGAGACUAUACUGGAAGCAUAAACAAUGAAUUUGAAAAUAUGAAUGUAAAUAUUGAUAAUAUCAUUCUGCUGGAUGCAGCAGGAAAAAGAAACCUCCAGGAAUUUGCUGCUUGUGGAAUAGACAGACUAGACUAUGCCACCUAUCUGGCUCAGAGUGGUAAAUCCCCUGUAAAAGUGAAUCUUUUAUCAUUUGCAUUUGAUGUAGAAGCUAAAGCAAACCAUCUGCCCCCAGGAGCUUUGAGACAGUCCCUGAAAGUAAAUGCACAAGCGAUUAGAAUGAUUCACCAUCAACGAGUCCUUCCUAUGGAACAAUCACAGAGGACUUUAUACCAAAGUGUCAAGAUUCUUCAACGCACAAGCGAUGACUUGAUGGGGAGGAUGAACAAGAUUCUAUACUCCUUGGAUUCUGCCCAGACCUUCAUUACAAAUAAUAUCUCCUCUGUUGUUGUUGAAGAAACUAAGAAGUAUGUGAAAACAAUAAUAGGAUACUUCGAACACUAUCUGCAGUGGGUCAAGUUCUCUAUCACAGAGAAGCUGGCAUCCUGCAGACCCUUGGCCACAGCUCUUGAUUCUGCUAUCAAUGUCUUUCUGUGUAGCUACAUUAUUGACCCUCUGAAUUUGUUUUGGUUUGGCAUAGGAAAAGCUACCGUGUUUUUGCUUCCGGCUCUAAUUUUUGCUGUGAAGCUGGCCAAGUACUAUCGUCGAAUGGAUUCAGAGGAUGUGUAUGAUGAUAUGGAAAAUGGUAAUAAUGGUUAUCGUAAAGAUCAUUUAUAUGCCAUUCACAAUCCUGCUAUGACAAGCCCAUCACGGCAUUGACAGAUAAAGGUGAAAUUGCUUGAGCAUCAAGACACUGAAAGUGGAGAGGCUCACGAAUGUGGGUAGUUUCUGGGCCUCCAAGAACUUUAAGAAGCAGAAGGAUCUCUGGUGACAACAUUGUUAUGUGGGGACACUGAGGAAAUGGCAUCAUUAUCUCUGAACAAUACUGUUAGGAAUGAACACAAUCCCAUUCAUAGCUCACGUGUCCAUCACUGUUCACGGAUAACCCCGUCCUUUGUCCAUUUUUGAUUUUUACUUUUUUACACUGGGUUCUGUUUAGACACUACAACAUAUGGGGUGUUUGUUCCUAUUCCAUGCAUUUCUUUGUCAAACAGCUGUUCAAAUGUGAUAGCUCAGUUUCCAGCAUACUUCCAUAUGCGAGUGCGCUAAAUGCAUGCCAGUUUGCAGGAAAGAUGCAUCUUGUGUAUAGUAAAUUUUGUAUAUACCUUUUGAUACUGUGAUCAGAGUAUUUUCAACAACUGAGUAUUGUAGGAUUUUCAUCUAAAUGAACUUACUAUUGGGUCAGUGUUAAGUAUUGGUGCUGUCAAAAAUACAUUUCACAGAAAGUGUGUGAAAUCUACAGCACAUCCUUCCUCUCAGAGAUAUUCAUUUUACUUUCUCGAUGAGUGUCAUAUUCUGUUUGGAAAUAGCAUGCAAGAGCUUCCCAGAGAAAACCUGCUUUUCUUCUAGCAAAUUCAAAAUACAGAGAGACAGAGGGAGGGAGAGAUCUUGAGAGAAAUGCUGUUUAUUAGAAAGUGGAGUUGUUUUAACAGAUGCCAAUUUCAGUGUACAUUUUAAUGGAGUUUUCUGAUUUAUAAUGAUAAUUAGCAUAAUCGGAGUGCUGCUAACAUACAUGUCUGACUGUUGACGAGAAUGCUGAAAUGAAGUAUGAAAUGGUCCUGUCGUGAUUCUUAGUUUUGCUGUCUAGUGUGACUGGAUCCUUUGUAUUUGGUUUGUAUUUUUAGAACGUGAAGAAAGCACAAUGUAAAUAUCCAUUUGCUUUGAGAUUUUUGCACUGGAUUUGUCAUUACCAAAAGUGAUCAGCAGUGAAAAACUGUUCAAACAAAAUUUCGUGUUUAUGAAAUUGCAUUCAAGAAGUAGGCUUUUCAUAAGAUCUUUUCAUGUACAGGUUACAGUCCUGAUUCAUUUAAAUAAAAAGGAACUUGGAAAA